AUGAGAAGAAAACGCUAUUACCAGUUAUGUGUGUGUUCAUGUGUAUUGAUAUAUAUUUACUACUUCUUUGGUGUUAGUGACUAUAUAUUUAGCAGAAGCUAUGUAAACAAUUUUGAUUAUCCACUUAAUGUUGAUGUCCAACCAAUAGUAGAGAAAAUCUUAUCUGGUAAAAAGCCCAGUGUUAAACCUAUCAACUACUAUCCAUAUAGGUUUUUGACUAAUUCAGGAAAAUGUUCUACAUUAGAUCGCUUAGAUCUGUUUAUUAUUGUUAAGUCGGCAAUGAAUCACUUUGAACAACGAUCUGCAAUACGUCAAACAUUUGGUAGAGAAGGAAUUUUACCUGGGAAGGAGAUCAAAACCCUUUUCUUCCUUGGUGUAGGCGAAUCACCUAAAGCAAAUACUCAACAUCAGAUAGAUGAAGAAAUGGCUAAAUACAAAGAUAUUAUACAAAUAGAUUUUCUUGACACAUAUUUCAAUAAUACUAUAAAAACUAUGAUGUCAUUCAGAUGGUUGUAUGAACACUGUUCUACCUCUGAUUACUAUCUCUUUACAGAUGAUGAUAUGUAUAUCUCUGUGAAGAAUUUAUUAGAUUAUGUUCACAGUGAGUCAGAGGGUGAUAGACAGUUAUUUGCUGGUUAUGUUUUUAAAUCUGUACCUCAGCGUUACCAUUCAAGUAAAUGGAGAGUUUCUCUAGAUGAAUAUCCAUGGGACAGAUGGCCACCUUAUGUGACGGCUGGGGCUUUUGUGGUCACAAAUAAAUCAAUGAAGUACUUAUAUGCAGGUAGUUUAUAUGUCAAGCAUUUUCGAUUUGAUGACAUUUAUUUGGGCAUAGUAGCAAAGAAAGUUGGGAUAGAACCAGUACAUUGCCCGCAAUUCCAUUUUUAUAAGAAGGCAUACACAAGAGAUGGAUAUAAAAAUGUGAUUGCAUCUCAUGGAUAUAAUAAUAAGAAUGAGUUGCUUCAAGUGUGGAAUGAGCAAAAUACACUUUGAAACUGAUAAGUAUAUAAUUACUUUGGUCACACCACCACACACAUAUUGUUUAUAAUAAAUAUAAAAAUUUAGUUAAGUUGAAUCAUUUUUUGAAUGAGCUUAUCUCAUAAUAAUUAUUUGUAUAUUAUAUUAUGUACUAUAAUUUUUAAGAAUAAUUUUAUCUUAUUUUGUAUCUUGUAACAUAGAGUAAUAAAAGUAUGAAAUGCAUAACAAAAUUUAUUGAACAUAUUAAUCAUAACAAAUAUAUACAUCACAACAAUGACAUCUAUAGACAAAACAUAAUUCACAAAAAUAUGUAACAAUUUUUAUUUAAUUCUAAACAUAUUGUUGUCAUGGGAUUAUAGUAAUUGUUUAUAAGGACUAAUAAAUGUUUUUUAUAUAUUAGUAUAUUUUGUAAUACAAAAGUAUUUGUUCUGUCAGUCCUUUGAUUCUACUGCAAAUGCUUAAGUAAGUGCUUUGUGUAGAUAGAUCAUUUACAUUAUUAUUCCGCCAAUUGGUAUAUGUAAUGAUAGAACUUACUUAAGCAUUUCAGAUUAUUAUUGAAAAUGUAUGUCAAUAAAGUAUUUAGUUCAA